UGGCUCUAAGGGGAGCAGCCUCUCGGAUGAAGAGGUAAAGAAGGAGAGGGGAGAGUCGAAGGAGGGUACUUUAUUGGAAGUCAGUUUAAUGAUUGCUUUUCAGUCCAAUUGAUCAUCUGGGAGCAGGUAACCGGAGGAAUAUCACAAGGUCCAAUCCGCUUGGUAAAGAUUUUUUUCAAUCGAAUUAAAACAAUUUCACCUUGAAUCCUUUGCGUUCAACGAACUUGAAGGGAUUUCUGAAGGGAUUUCUUCGCAUCUAACGUUCAAGGUGGUUUCAACGCCUUGACUUAAAAUGAAGAAGACGCAGCUGAUCAGAAUCCUGCUCUCGGCAAUCACCCUCCAAGCGCUGGCCUUUGGAUCGCCAGAUUGUGAAGAAGAAGAGUGCCAGAAAAGAGCCUCCUCCUCGUCGCCCCCCUCCUCAGCUAAGGACUUCCUGGGCCAGCUCACCCAGGUCAACUCCCUCCCGGGUGCCGUCGACCGCAAGCAUCGCCACCCCAGCCCCCUUCUGCCCUUCAUCGGCCUCACCGGAAGUACAAAGCAGAGCCGCGCGUGCUGUAAGAACGGAGGGACGUGCAUUCUUGGUAGUUUCUGUACGUGUCCACGGUACUUCACCGGCCGGAGCUGUGAAUACGAUGAGAGGAUCAGGAGCUGCGGAGUGAUUCCUCAUGGGGAGUGGGUUCAGAAGGGCUGCUCCUACUGCCGCUGCGGCUACGGCACCCUGCACUGCUUCCCCCACGUCUUCCACAGGGACUGCGAGGACUCAGAGGAGGUGCAGUGGUUUCCUUCUUCUGGAUUCGGGACGGUUCGGAUCCACUACCUCCUGUACCUGACCGCAGUGCUGCUCUUACUGUUGUGAGGGACCAUACAACAUGGCGACUGUAUGGCCCUGUAUACUCCCCACAAGUCUUACCAGCGUGGGAAGUUUGCUUCUUUGAAAAAUGUUUUCCUUUCCUUAAAAAAAAAAUACUUUUGGUUAAUACCACAUUUGUGGUUUCCAUUGUUAUCGACAUACAAAUGUUAAGCUUAAGUAUUAUACCAGUGGUCAUGUGGCUUGUAUAAUGAUUGAUUGAAUAAUUGUUUUUGCACUGAGAUUAUUUUAGUAUUAAUACCAAAUACUAUAUGAGCUUUACUUUCUUCAAUCACAGCAGUUCAUGUUUUACUGUUUGGUUGUUUAUUUAAAUAGACAUCUUCGAGACAAGGUACCAAAACAGCCUGCGAGUCUCUCGCAGACUGUUGAGGUGCAUAAGUGUCUCUUUUUGUUACCCUUUUAAACGUUUCACUGGUUGGGUGUGAAGCAGCGGUGCUGUAAACAUCUCUAAACAAAGGCGUGCCAUGACGUCCCACAACCCUCACCAAAUGUAUAUGUUGAGUAUAGUCCUGUGAAAGGUGGGCUGAAUGUGGACCAUGAACUCUGUUCUUUCCAGUAUAAGGUGUGUGUGUUUUUUUUUGUCUGGAAGACAGGAAAUGUGAACAAAACUGUAUAUAAGAUAUUUUUUUAUGAAAAUAUUUUCUUUUAAUGUUGCUUUGUUCUAGUUUUUUUUUAAACUUCCUUUUGGAUUCCCUGGACGAUGAAACGGUUUUUCGUUUGGAGGAGAGAAUCCUUGGAUACAAAAAACACAAAUGUUUGAAAAGAAUAGUUAAUAAACUCAUACUUAUUUAUC